AUAAAUUUGAAAAAUUUUAAGUCUCAUUCGUCAAGUCGGGAGGAUGAAACCAUUUGGGGUGACGAGUAAUAAUGAGGAAAUUAACAGUUUGCUAUCGGUGAAUGAUAGUUUUGGGGGGAGUGGUAUGAAGGAGUUGGAUGUAAUUUUCCAGACGAGAACAUGGUACUUACGACUUAUGUGUCUUGUGGUUUCUUGUCUGAGUUCAAUCACCCUGGAAGUUGGAGCACGAUCGCCACUCGGGCAUUCUGUGACAAAGUCGAUGGCGUUCGGCGCGAUAUUUCGGCGGUCGUACAACGUCAUAAUCAAGAUCACAACGGGAAGAUUCGUCUCGGCAGUUUUAUCAACAAUUUUGUUGACAAUCGGUGAAAAGCACCGGAUGCCAUUCCUCUAUUUUCCCUGGAUGUUCAAUACACUGACGGGCAUUUUCUUUUACGAGGCACCUACCCUCUUGAGAUGGACGUACAAUCAGAUACCCUAUGUAUUCGUCCCUGCCACAACCUUCGCUUUUAUAGCCCUCAUUCUAUUCGUGGAACAACUUUUUCACUGGUGUGACGUUUUUGCGAGCUUUAUGGAAACCUGGGUGGAAUACAUCCAUCGUAAGAGGGUGAGAGCCGCUGAUGAAAUUGGAAAUAUGCAAAAUCAAGAGAAAAACGAUGGACUCGCUGGGAAAGGGGUAUUGCAUGAAUUGGUAAAUGGAGUAACUUUCAACUCGAAGAAUAAUGCAAGACGUGUUAAAAGUUUGACGAAUCUAAUUUAUACAAAUGAGAAAGAGAAAAUUGGAUAAAUACUUGGUGAAGAAGUGUUGAGAUAUUCAGGCCCUCCAAGUAUUCAAAUAGUUUGCCGUCUCAAAGAGAUAACAUCAUCGUUCCUACUCGACUGUAGUUUAGUUUAAAACCCUUGGAAAAUAGUUUAUUACCCCUUCGAGAGGUGAUACCGCUUGGAAUACAUAACAAUGAAACAUUUUUAUUAGGCAUUUGAAAGGUGGAGGAGCUAUUUACGUCGCCUAUCUUUUUUUUUCAAAAGCAAAACAAUCAAAAGUGCAUAAAAAAUCUAUAAAGACGAAGUUGAAUGUUCAUUCUCCGAGGAAUACCUAUCCUACAAUAUUUUUUUUCUAUCGACGCGAAAUGAUUUCUCUUGAGGAAUUGAUAAAAUGAAUUAGCGUCGUACCGUAAAAUUUACUGCGAGUUUUUUUUACUAAACCCCACGAGAAAAAAAAAUUUUCACGUCCAAAUAAAAAAAAAUCCUCAAUUCCAGAAUUAUAUCAUUUUUUACAACCCUGAGCGUAUGGUUUAUAACUCCCUAAUUCCCCCAACAAUUUCCUCAUGAUAUUCGUUCGCAAUUUCCCGGCUGUCAUUUAC